AUGCAAUCCUCGCUCUCUCUCUCGUUAUCCGCCACCUCUUCCUCCGCCGCCACUGUCUCCAGAUCACGCCAUUCCUUCCCGGUCCCUGCGGCCUCGCCUCUCAAUCUCCGCUUCUGCGGCUUGCGGCGUGAGGCAUUUGAUUCAGGUCUCGCUGCUUCUCUCAAACGUCAACAAUCCCAACUCCCUCGCCAACCUCACUCUGCCGCAGUCUCGGCUGCGCUCUCUGCCAAUGGCAGCCCUCCCAGCUCGUUCGAUUAUGAUUUGCUCAUUAUCGGCGCCGGUGUUGGCGGCCACGGCGCUGCGCUUCAUGCCGUCGAGAAGGGUUUGAAAACUGCGAUUGUGGAAGGAGAUGUGGUGGGAGGGACAUGUGUGAACAGGGGAUGCGUUCCUUCGAAAGCUCUUUUGGCAGUGAGUGGUCGUAUGCGAGAACUAAAGAGCGAUCAUCACUUGAAGUCCUUUGGCUUACAGGUAUCUGCGGCUGGGUAUGACAGACAAGGAGUCGCUGAUCAUGCUAAUAAUCUUGCUUCGAAAAUACGUAAUAAUUUGACCAACUCAAUGAAAGCGCUUGGAGUAGACAUACUUACUGGUUUUGGAACUAUAUUGGGUCCUCAAAAGGUGAAAGUUGGCCCUUCAAACAAAAUAGUAACUGCAAAAGAUAUCAUCAUUGCUACUGGUUCUGUUCCUUUUGUACCGAAGGGCAUUGAAGUUGAUGGGAAGACUGUGAUCACCAGUGACCAUGCACUCAAACUGGAGUCUGUUCCUGAUUGGAUAGCAAUUGUAGGAAGUGGAUAUAUUGGCCUUGAAUUCAGUGAUGUCUAUACAGCACUUGGAAGUGAGGUUACUUUUGUAGAGGCUUUAGAUCAACUUAUGCCUGGAUUUGAUCCUGAAAUUAGCAAGUUGGCUCAGAGGGUCCUUAUAAAUCCCCGGAAUAUUGAUUAUCAUACUGGAGUUUUCGCAACCAAGAUCACACCAGCAAGGGAUGGAAAACCUGUCUUGAUUGAACUUAUUGAUGCAAAAACCAAGGAGCCAAAGGAAACUUUGGAGGUGGAUGCUGCACUAAUAGCAACUGGAAGAGCUCCAUUCACACAAGGUCUUGGAUUGGAGAAUAUUGAUGUGGUGACACAGCGUGGUUUCGUUCCUGUGGAUGAGCGCAUGCGAGUAAUUGAUACAAAUGGAAAGCUGGUGCCGCAUUUAUUCUGUAUUGGUGAUGCAAAUGGCAAAAUGAUGCUUGCUCAUGCUGCCAGUGCGCAAGGAAUUUCAGUGGUUGAACAAGUUACUGGAAGAGAUCAUGUGCUGAAUCAUUUAAGCAUCCCAGCUGCUUGUUUCACUCAUCCUGAAAUCAGCAUGGUUGGAUUGACGGAGCCUCAAGCAAGGGAGAAAGGUGAAAAAGAAGGUUUUGAAGUAAGUGUUGCCAAAACAAGUUUUAAAGCAAAUACAAAGGCCCUAGCAGAAAACGAAGGAGAGGGACUUGCCAAGUUGAUAUACAGACCUGACAAUGGAGAGAUACUGGGAGUUCAUAUUUUUGGUUUGCAUGCAGCAGAUCUCAUCCAUGAAGCAUCCAAUGCAAUAGCACUAGGAACACGUAUUCAGGACAUAAAGUUUGCAGUUCAUGCACAUCCAACUUUGUCCGAGGUUCUUGAUGAACUAUUCAAAUCCGCAAAGGUUAAAGCACAAGCUUCUAGCCCAGUAAGUGAACCAGUUGCAGUCUAA